UGCCUAUAAAGUUCGCUUUCUCGCACUUGUAUCGCAAAGUACUAUUGUUAAAUGUUCUAGACAUAGCUAUACUAUAGUAUAGUCGGUCCACUAGUUCGAUAUGUUUUUUUUUUGACAAAGAAAAAACAAUGAAGUUUUUAUCGAGAUUUACGUGCCAUUGAAUAAAAUGUUUAUUUUUUCUCUACUUUAAUAUAUAUUCACAUUAAUUUAUGGAAAACCAUGUAUGAUUUGCCACGUAUUGCAAUGUUUGCGAACUGUAAAGAAAUACUUUUAACUCGUUGACCAACUAUAGAUUCUAUUUCUUUAAAUAAAUUUAAAAUAAUUCCAGUUUAAAUCCUUUUUUUUCAUAUUUCACUUAAUAACUGGUCGUACUCACAAGACGACCAUGAAAUUCAUAACUAUGCAUAUAAGUUAUAUGAACGUUAAUUGAAUUUGAAGUUUCGUAUGAGUAGCCCCACCAAAAUUGGACCGAUCUAUGUUGCGAUCGAGGUCAAACAAUUCUGACAGGUUGAUUGCCUGUAGGACAAAUCCUCGAUUAUGUUCCCUAUCGUACGAUCCUGUUGUUACAUAUAUUACAUGCAGAGAUAAGUAGGGAGAUGCACAACGCUAUGUAUGUACUAUGUGUAACAUGCUCUUGUAACUUUAAACGCGCUUUUCUCAAAACUACGUUUUUAAAGUCGGUGUGAACGAUUUCUCGGAAACGGCUGAACCGAUCGUUCUCAAAUUUGUACACAAGCUUGGUAAAUAUAUUUUUUAGUGAUUAAUCGAAGGUUUUAGGAGGGUGGUAGUUCAAUAAAAAAUAAUAAGCAUUAGCUUAAAUUUAAGGUGAUUGGCAAGGGUUGCUCUGGGAAUCAGCGGUAAACUUUGGAGAACCUCUGCCGGCCAGGCUACACGUUCGUAAUCACGUUCAGUUCGGCUACGACGGGAUAUGCAUUACCGACGGAGGCGGUGAUCACAAAAUCCUACUCCCGGAUUCGCCGCUACGAUUUAGCGCCAUACUUUUGGUAUCGCCUAAAACCAUAGCGUUGUGCAUUUUAUCACAUUACAUGGAUAUUACAAGGACGUCAUUCGAAGUUAUCACCACAGGAUAAAAGCGAGGCAUUGUGCGACGUCAUGUGCGCGUGACGGAAUUUCGAUGCCCUUCGAAUGGCGAACGGCGAGAGAUAUUCUUCCUUAGCCAGGUCUACGUGAAACCACCAUCGUGGUACCAAGGUAGUCGCUACUGGUAUCGUUGCAGUGGGGUGCCAGUGAUAAGUGAACGGUGCACCACCACUUGGUAGUAUUUUUCCUCUGCCUAUAUAUAAACGGGCCCCUUCUGUCCAAACAGUCAGAGAAAACGGUCCAGCCGAACCAGCAAAUAUGAAGUUCCUGAUUGUCCUUUCAUCCCUUGUCGCAGUGAGUCUGGCUCGUCCCAGCUACGGCCAUGGAUAUGGAUUAGUCCCAGUAGCCCAUGGUUACCACGGACCAGCCGCACCCCUUGCCCACGACGGAAGGGUAGUGGACACACCGGAAGUUGCUCAUGCCAAAGCCGCUCAUUUUGCUGCCCACGCUGAGGCCGCUGCUCACGCUCAUUAUUCCCCAGCCUAUGGUCACGGAGAGGGUAUCUUUGUAGCUGCACCCGCUCAUGGUUACGCUGCACCUCAUGGCUACCAUGGACCUGCUGCACCACUUGCCCAUGAUGGACGUGUCAUCGAUACCCCCGAAGUAGCCCAUGCCAAGGCUGCCCACUUCGCUGCUCAUGCCGAAGCUGCUACCCAUGCUCAUUACGCUCCUGAGUAUUCCCAUGGUGGUGUCCUGGUCGGUGGACCUGGUUAUGGCUAUGCUGCACCCCAUGGCUACCAUGGACCUGCUGCACCUCUUGCCCAUGAUGGCCGCGUCGUCGACACACCUGAAGUAGCUCAUGCCAAGGCUGCUCAUCUGUCUGUGCUUGCUGAAGAAUCCGCCAAGGCUGCCCAUUACGGUGGUCAUGGUCUUCAUCAUUGGUGAUUCCUUGUAUGAUGACGAUCUGGCUGUCACCUGUUCUACGCUUAUUUCUACCAUGAAGUUUCAAUAAAUUGUACAAAAAGUUAAUACCCA